AUAAGCGCCUCGUAGAUAAUAACCGCGCCCGAGUUCUGUUAGACCCGGGAGGCAGAACCCGCGCCCUGCGCCGAUGGGGCCAAGCACGCCCGACUGAACGUUGCUGUCAGUCACCGGAGUUUUUCCAGAUCAUUCAGUGUUCAGGAGUUAGCGUCUAGAUGCCAACUCUUUGGCGUCCUGGUGCCUGAACGCAGUUGGACCCACGAGGAGCCCGGCGUCCCCCAGCCUGGGGCACUCCCUUUCUCCUCCAGCCACGGGCUUGGGGGUCUGUCAGGUGCAAAGUGCCCAAGUGUGCGGGAGGGAGUGUGGCUUCAGUCUUCUUCAGAGUCUGUUCCGUCUAGGGCCAAAGGAAUAACUGGGAAGGUGGAUGAGAGGCCAGAGAAUCCUGCCUUGGAACUCUACUCGCAUGCUGUCUCUGUCACUCCAGCAUCUGAAAGGAGUAAAUAAUGGUUUCCUUUGAAACGGCAGGCAAUUAGGACAGGGAGGCUCUGACCAGAAUUACAUAGCCACAACCGCCUGUCAUUUGACAUCCUCUGUAAUUUGGGCCAACGGACCGCAGCUGCCUCUCUUCCCCACUGCUAGUAUGAGAGGCUCCAGUGACAGCACAUUCGUGUUCACAGGAAGAGAAGGCUGUGUUCUGAACCCUGCCCAUCUGGCACUGCUUCUCCCUUGCAGUGGAGGAUGUAAUUCCACAAUUACAGAAUGGGAAUGUUGACUGAGAACAUGGAUGAAGAUAAAGGCUCACUGAUGGCUCAGUUGGGAGCAGUUGUGGCGGUGGCUUCCAGUUUCUUUUGUGCAUCUCUCUUCUCAGCUGUGCACAAGAUAGAAGAGGGACAUAUUGGGGUAUAUUACAGGGGUGGUGCCCUGCUGACGUCAACCAGCGGCCCUGGCUUCCAUCUCAUGCUCCCUUUCAUCACGUCGUAUAAGUCUGUGCAGACCACACUCCAGACAGAUGAGGUGAAGAAUGUACCUUGUGGGACUAGUGGUGGUGUGAUGAUCUACUUUGACAGAAUUGAAGUGGUGAACUUCCUGGUUCCAAACGCAGUGUAUGAUAUCGUGAAGAACUACACUGCCGACUACGACAAGGCCCUCAUCUUCAACAAGAUCCACCACGAACUGAACCAGUUCUGCAGUGUACAUACGCUUCAGGAGGUCUACAUUGAGCUGUUCGAUCAGAUUGAUGAAAAUCUCAAACUGGCUUUGCAACAGGACCUGACCUCCAUGGCCCCUGGACUUGUCAUCCAAGCUGUGCGGGUGACAAAGCCCAACAUACCCGAGGCGAUCCGCAGGAACUACGAGUUGAUGGAAAGCGAAAAGACAAAGCUGCUCAUUGCAGCCCAGAAACAGAAGGUGGUGGAGAAGGAAGCGGAGACGGAGAGGAAGAAGGCCCUCAUUGAGGCAGAAAAGGUGGCCCAGGUUGCCGAGAUCACCUACGGGCAGAAGGUGAUGGAGAAGGAGACAGAAAAGAAGAUUUCAGAAAUUGAAGAUGCUGCGUUUCUGGCCCGAGAGAAGGCAAAGGCCGAUGCCGAAUGCUACACUGCUAUGAAAAUAGCCGAGGCAAACAAGCUGAAGCUGACCCCUGAAUAUCUGCAGCUGAUGAAGUACAAGGCCAUUGCUUCCAACAGCAAGAUUUACUUCGGCAAAGACAUUCCUAACAUGUUCAUGGACUCCGUAGGCAGCCUGGGCAAGCAGUCUGAGGGGCUGGCUGAGAAGCUGAGCUUUGGCUUAGAAGAUGAGCCUCUGGAGGCAGCCACUGCGGAGAAUUGAAAGUUUGAUACAGCCUCAGAUGACACUUAAUGAGAUCUUUAUUUUUUAAAAUGAAUCAGAAUGCUCCCCCCUCCUACACUACCUUCUCUGACUCUCUUCAGGUUACCGUGUGAAAAAGAAGAAAUGGACUUAAACCUACUCACCCUCCUGGGAAGGGAGGGCGGGAAUUGAUGAUUUGGGAUUUUAUUCAGGUAAGAAGGUUAUAUGACUUCCGAUAAGAUUCGUAAACUAUGGGUUUGAACCUUUGACUCCCAAACACUAAUUUGUCCUUUGAAGCUGGCUUAACUAGGGAUGCUAUCAUGAGGACGGGGAGAAAUGUAGAGUGUUGCCUCCAUGUGAUCUGAUUUCCCUUAUUUGGAAAAAUGCAGCCCGGCGUUCUUCCCCUGCUUCCAAGGUGGGAGAUGCCUGUGGGUGAGGCUCAGCCACUGAGCAAAUAUGUGCUUAUAAGUUUGCCAGAAGAGCUGUAGAGAAACAGCUGCAGACAUUUGACCUUCCUGGCAUUUUUCUCAGCGUAUGUAUGAGUUAUUUUAGAGGCAUGCUUUCUCGAGCCCUCAUAAGGAAGUACUGGUGCUAGGUUUUGCAAGAUUUUUUAUACGCUAUGCUCCUUGCCCCAGGGCUCAGAGUGGUGGUUUCUGACUACUGUAGAGUCAGAGCUUAGUCACCACCACACAAUGCUUCUUGAAACUUAUCACUUAUUCUGUGAUUUGGACUUUUCUUCUCAAAUAAUCUGUUCAAUGGUCCCACUCAGCAUCAAGAAGACAGAAACAAACAAGUGUCUUAGUAGCUGCUGAAGUGGGAUCUUUAGAGCUAUUAGCCACCGCAGUACCUGCUUGGCAGAUUACGUAGGUACCUUGAGAGCAAGUGUCUUUACUGUGGAUCCUACAGUGAAGAGCUCUGGCACCGUGUGUGGAGGAGGAUAAAGGGUCAGCCAAGAGGUUUCCUGAACUUAAUGCCUAUGGCUUGUGCUGGGAGUUUGUCUGGCAUAGAGAUAGAGGCAGGCCUGUCCUCUAAGUAGCCUGUGUUUUUCAAUCUAGGGCUCCAGGCAGCCACACAGAGGUCAGACUGAAUGUUAAUUCCUCAGAGACAGCUAUGUAGAUGCAAGUCACAGUUCAUGCCCAAGUCCCUGGGUUCAAAUGGCUGCAUCAAAGUCCAUUCCGAAUGUUUCUUUUUCAUCACUGGUUAGGAAAAUUCCAAGUCACUCCGGGAUAUUCAGGAUGGGGAGAGAAAACAUAAAAGAAAGGUUUUUCUUAUAUCCUGAAAUUGGGGUUAGGGGUAGUGUGGGCAGGGGGAUCCAUCUGAUGUAGCCCAGGAGUUGUGUACACAAUUGGUAAGUGGAAGGCGGCUGUCUGGAGUAAACUAAUAACCAUGUCAGUACCCUCCAUGACCAGCUCUGGCUUAGCAUUUGGCCUUGUUAUUAGCUACCCCACGCCACCAAAACUCCUACUGUACCACCUCUUCCCAAGGUGAAUACUGUGAAGGAUAUGUUCUGGCACCAAUCCCCACCUCAUUUUCAGUCCCAUGCCCAGAUUUCUGGUUUAUUGAAUGGUCCCAGAACUUGGGCCAGCUUGCUUAGGAGUUUGGGGAACUUUUAGCCUGCCUAGAAAGAUACAGUGUUAACUCCCCCUGCUUCAAACGUUGCCCUUCUCUGUUCUAAUUCCUGGGACUUAGAAUUCUCAAACCACAGGUCCUGGUCACACUUCGCGCAGGCAGCAAGAUGUUCCUGGGACUGGCGGAUUUUCAUGUGCUCAAGAGUCCUUGAGAAAGUGGUCAAUUUCCCCAAGAUCAGCACUGAGUUGCCAUUAUUAAAAUGUAUUCGUCCUCCUCCUGUUUGAAAGCAUUAAUCACUUGCUAAGCACAAUGUGACAUGCCCAGCAUUCCCUGAUGACAGAUAUGUUUGCUCCUUCUGCUCUGAGUUCUUGCUGCCUGGGCCUCAGAAGACACCAGUUUGCCACACUAGAAUCAGGAGUGGGAUAUCUCAGCCUCUAAUAGUACGCUUUGCUCAGGUUCUUAACUUGAAAGCCUCUCGGGUACUAACGUCCUGUGAUAGCUCGUCCCUUGACCACAAAAGAGCCUCAGUAAAGUCCUGCUACAGCUGCCCCUCCAUGUUAACAUCACUUCCUCUUUAAACAAAAAAUGUAAAUGUCGCUGUACCCAUUAGUGUAAAUCCAAUGGUUGUCUGUACCCAUCUGAACAGUAAAAUCAUGGAAAUCAGCUAUUUCCUUAGCAUGUGACAUUGAACCCAUCCGUCUGUGUGACUUUGUUUUUUUAACACUUACUAGAAAAUCUGAUCUUAAAACAUUUGAAUUCUAAACACAUAAAAUGUGACAGCCUGCAAUUUUGUAGACAGUGAAGUAAUGGCUGCUAUUUAUAAUGGAACUUCUAUCAAAAUAAGUAACUGUUUAUAAAAUUCAGUUUUUGUAGGAUUUUCCAAGGAAAAGUCACCUUGGUUGAAUGUUUCUCAUUAAACUUUGCAGAAGCAAUUCA